GCCAACCUUUUUCACAAUCUUCGAGCGCGGCUCCAUGGUCUCUGGUUGCCGUGACAGGAACAAUGUCGCAACCGGCGAAAAUAGAUUAAAGCAGCGACCUGCUGAGUAGUCGGAAUGAGAGUGCUCCUCCGCAGCUCCAGUAUUUUAUUUUCAUCGCUUCGCCACUCAUUUCCUGUCACUUUACGCGUCUCGGCGCCGCCGCUUCACUCUUUUCACAAUUCGUCGUUAAAUCAAGCCAUGGAGCUCAAUGGGUCCGUGGAGGGCACCAGCAGGCCCAUCCCUGCCAAUUUCAACUUUGCUGACUACAAUUGCGUCGGAUUCGACCUGGACAACACAAUCCUCAGAUAUCAAUUGACAAACAUGGUUCAGCUUGAGUACGAUGCCCUCUGCAAAUUCCUGGUCGACCAGAAAGGAUACAAUGCCGACGUCCUGGUGAAACCAAUCGAUUUCGGAUUCCUCCAAAAAGGACUCACGCUCGACUUCGAGAAAGGCAACACCCUUCGGAUAUCAGGAGACGGCACGAUUUGGCGGGCUGCGCACGGCACAAAAUUCCUCUCAGAUGAAGAAAUCGAGGCUCAAUACGGCGUCGAGAGGAUCUGGGAACCUGCUACUGCUUUCUAUAAAGAGCCCUUGGCCACCUGGAAUGGCCCUGUUGCGCUCAAACUGCGCAGCCUUCUCGAUUACUUUGACAUGCCGGCUGCUCUGGCUUUUGCACGCCUGGUAGACGAUUAUGACAAGAAACACGGAGGGCCUGCCAAAGUGCCAAAAGUGCCUGGCUCCAUUUGGUCAGACGUCCUUGACGGUCUGGGCUACAUGUUCAACAGACACAAUUUCGCUGCCAAAGAUGGAGGCCACUACUUUGGCAACCUGCGAUCCUAUCCAGAAAAAUACCUCAACCGGUGUCCCCCAGAAGCAAUUGAAUGGCUGAAAACCCUGAGAAAGCAAAACAAGAAGCUGUUCCUGCUCACCGGCUCCCACAUUGACUUUGCAAACUACACCUCGACCUACUGCAUGGGACCAGAGUGGAGGGAACUGUUUGACAUUGUCAUCUCGUUCGCCAAAAAGCCUGGAUUUUUCACCAGUAACCGGCCUUUCCUUUCACUAAAGAACUUCAACGAAGGCGAGCCCAUCACAAACCUGACUAGCUUGGCUGACCAAAAUCUUGUUUCUGUGAGCCAAGGCAACUGGCAGGAGUUGAUGGAGUUCCUGCAAAUUAAACUGAAAGGCGAGACCCCGAAAUGUCUGUACGUGGGUGAUAAUGUAGUUCAGGACCUCUACGCGCCGUUCCACUACACACGAUGCGACACGCUGGCGGUGAUCGAAGAGCUGUGGGGCGAAAACAAACUGGAGCCUCUGCACCCCGACUCAAAAGUGCUCCUUGCUGACAAGUGGGGCUCAUAUUUCGGAACCAAAGACGUGCCCUCUCUGUGGCACAAUUUCAUCGCCAAGAGUGCACUGCUGACAGUGCCCAAAUUCGAAUCUUUUGCUGAACUGCCAUUGGACAAACCGAUUCCGACCGGUUUCUAUCCCGAAGAACCUGUCAGCUUGGCCGAGAACUGAAUCUGAAUGGAGUAUUUUUUUCUGAUUGAAACUUGAAUGGCCGCACCUUUAGAAGCAAUAUUUCCUAGCAGUGGAUGUGUCUGUGAAAUGGCUGUGUUACGCAUCAAGUUGAUUUUAGAAUGUUACUUCGCCGAUCUUAGCACUUUUGUGCAACACACUUACGUCUCCUAGACUACUUGUCACAUAUUAUUAUACAGUAGUUUAAAAAGCCAGAUUCAGUUGUGUUCAGGACUUAAAUAAGAAACAAUACAUAUUACACAAAUCUUUUUAUUUAGGCUGUUAACGCUUAUUUGACAAAACGUGUUGCUUAAAUUUUUGCUGACAAACUUCACCAAACUUAAAUGGUUAACUUGUUUUUGGACUUGAAACAAUAAAAUAUAUCAAGAAACGAAA